AUGCUUUAUCACAAACUGCGUUCACUUCAGGACGUGCGGCAACUUUUGUGCAGCAGCAAGGGCCUGGACGACACCGAUGACUCCACAAGUGAAUGCGAGAGGGACGGACUUUUGAUGGCUGUUAUGCUGCAUAGUCUGAUGGAAAUCGCCACGAACAGUACCAGCGAAUGGGCUGUACAUACCCUUGGGGGGCUGUCCAUGGUAAAACGAUAUGGGCACGAGCCAUUUAGUCCAGAGGUUUAUCGUUUUGUUACCGAUCACUUCUCGCUUUUCGAAGCCUUUCUUGCUACGACAGGGACUGAGCUUGAGAUUGAAAAUCUAGAUGGCUGGCUAAUACCACAGCGAAAGUCCAUGUUCCCGAUAUUGAGAUCAGUGCAUGGCCGCUCACAAAUCAACCCGUACACAGGGCUAUCAUCGGAGCUUAUCCAAAACAUCGUUUUGAUAACUUCAACUAUCCAGCGUCAUUCGGCAGCAGGUUCAGAAAGGAAAAGUGCGGCCAUCAUGCGUGCGGAGUUGCAAGCCGUAGAGAACCAACUCAGUGAACUACAGCAGUGGUCUGAAGACUCUGAUAUGGAAAGUCUGAUUUAUAUCAACGCGGCGGCAUUCGAGGCUGCAGCCUGGGUAUACCUUCGAGUGGCUCAGUAUGGGCGUGAUGCGGAAGAGGUGCAGAAAAGCCUAAUGCCAAAGCUUUUUGAAGCGAUACGCCGAGUUCACGAACGGCGGGAUGCUCUUAUCGGGUCGGUGCCGUACCCGAUGUGGGCUCUAUUCAUUGCAGCUUGUCUUGCCCCCGAGCACAAAAGAAUGCAGGUGUUAGACUGGUUUGAAGAGCUCAAGGGGUGCCGCUCACUCAGCAAUGUGUCUAGUACGAUGGAGGCGACGAUGAUGGUUUGGAAACAGCAGGAUUUGAAGUGGAUUAAUGGGUACCCAAGGGGGGGUAGAGUAUCGGGAGUCCCUUGGCACGAAGCUAUCCGAUGCCUUGGUUGGAUGCUGUCGCUUAUGUGA